AUGGCGACCGCGACUCCUGAAGAGUGGCUGGAAUUCUUGAUUGAUAGCGCGCGGUAUGGAGAUACAGACGACGUCAGAACCGCCAUCAAGGAGGGCGUGGUGGUGGAUGGCACAGACUCAUCAGGGCGGACAGCGCUGCACAUGGCUGCUGCCAACGGCCAUGAAGAAAUUGUUUCCAUAUUGCUUGAUGCAAAUGCGUCUGUGAAUGCCAAGAAUGCAGAGGGCAAUACAGCGCUGCACUGGGCGUGUCUCAAUGGGCGGAAAGAGGUGAUGCGGCUGCUGCUGGAGCGCGGGGCAUCUGCCACAGUGCUGAACAACGCCACACGCACCCCUGUGGACGAGGCGCUCGCAUGCGGGCAGGAGGGACUGCUGGAGCUCAUCAACAGCUUCGACGCAGCUGCGGACGCGCAGGUUCAAUUCGCAGACGCCGCGGACAGCGCCGGCGGCGAUGAGGACGGGGAUGAUGAAGAGGGCGGCGGCGGCGAGGGUGGCGGCGGCGAAGGCGGCAGCGGCAGCGGCGGCAGGGGUGCAGGGGGUGAUGGCGGCAACGGUGGCACGGCAGAGCAGCAGCUCGCGCAGGAGGCGCAGCAGAAGCUAGGAUUGCAGUAA